CCGACAAAAUCUACAGAAAUAGCAGCCCCUUGUUCAAAUACAGUGCCUCUUCAACUUUCGCAGUCUCAACAUAUUGCAGAUUUAGAGCUGGUCUCAUCUGCCUCCCUCUUUACUUUGCCGUCGUCUCCUGAUCCAGUGCCGAUCACUGCUACUGAACAGAUUUCGGCAGGUUCAGCUGAUUCUGCUCCCUCUCCUGACUCUUCCUCAGAAAUAGUCGGACACUGCCUUGCCACAGACUCCAUUGUAUGUACAACUGCUGCUUGUAGUACCACUCAUAGCUUAGGCCAAUCUGCUGGUCUAGGUUCAACUCGCCCUAACCUACCAGUUACCUCAACUGGGUCACAAGUCUUCAAUAGCCCAAUGGUUCGAGAAUUACAAUCCCCUUCUUUUAUUCGACCGUGA